UUUAUAGGAGUACUAUACUGCAUGGUUCAUUUCAUGACCUUCGUUGAAAAUUCAUAGCCAAACAUGGACAUGAAUUCGGGUUCGGAUCCUACGCGCCCGCUUUUGUCUCAAAAUGACCGGAACUCCACCGAACACGGCGGCCGGAGAACCCAAAUCCCUCGCCGGAACUCCGUUGCCUCCCUCAGAUCCGCUUUCAUGUCCAUGCUUCCUGAUAAGGUCCGUCCUUACCUUGACUCUGAGGAUCCCUUCGAGGUUGAUCUCUCCAAAGCCACCGCUUUAAGCCAAGGAGAGAAAGAUUACUAUGAAAAACAAAUUGCUACUUUGAAAUCGUUUGAGGAGGUUGAUGCGGUGGUGGAAUCUGAUGGCAUUGUUGAGGAUGAUAGAGAGGAAUUAGCUCAACAAGAAAGAGCAAUGAAGAUUUCUAACUAUGCAAAUAUAGUUUUGUUGAUAUUGAAGAUUUAUGCGACGGUAAGGAGUGGGUCAAUAGCGAUUGCAGCAUCAACUUUAGACUCUCUGCUUGAUCUAAUGUCUGGUGGUAUACUUUGGUACACUCACCUAGCAAUGAGGAACAUAAAUAUCUACCAGUAUCCUAUAGGAAAGCUGAGGGUUCAGCCAGUAGGGAUAAUUGUUUUUGCCGCUAUCAUGGCCACACUUGGAUUUCAGGUGCUAAUUACGGCCCUAGAACAACUAAUAGAAAACAAUCCUAGUGAAAAGAUGACGGGGGAACAACUAAUAUGGUUGUACUCUAUCAUGAUAUUUGCAACUGUGGUGAAGCUUAUACUUUGGCUUUACUGCAGAAGCUCGGGUAACCAGAUUGUCCGUACCUAUGCAGAUGAUCACCACUUUGAUGUGGUAACAAAUGUAGUUGGAUUAGUUGCGGCUAUUCUUGGUGAUAAAUAUUACUGGUGGAUUGAUCCGGUUGGAGCUAUUUUACUUGCAAUUUACACUAUUACAAAUUGGUCACGCACUGUCAUGGAAAAUGCAGUUUCACUGGUGGGACAAUCUGCGUCUCCUGAAUUUUUGCAGAAGUUAACAUAUCUAGUUGUAAGGCACCCUGGAAUUAAACGUGUUGACACUGUCCGCGCAUAUACAUUUGGCGUUUUAUAUUUUGUGGAGGUAGACAUUGAACUUCCAGAAGAUUUACGCUUAAAAGAAUCACAUGCCAUUGGGGAGUCUCUACAGAUAAAGCUUGAGAAACUUCCAGAAGUUGAGCGAGCAUUUGUUCAUCUGGACUUUGAGUGUGAUCACAAACCAGAGCACUCAAUUCUCAGUAAACUACCCAACAAUCAGCCUUAAGCACAUUUUUCCAGUCUAUACACAUAAGAAGAAUUGCAAACUUUUGCAACUGAGUUUUCAUCGACGAUUUCUUCGUGAAGAGUGAAACUUUAAAAUAGCAGGACCCAGCUGUUUAGUUAUAGGAAGCUGAUAAUGCAACCAAGCUGCCAAACUUCGAGUUACUUUUAAUGCAACUACUUUCUGUAAUUGUUUUAUUGGCCAAUUGCAAAGUUUUCAAUGUUUCAUUAGGUCUAUAGUUCAUUUUGAAAUCACACAUGUUGUAUUAAAGGUUACUUGUCGUGUUGUAUCCUUAAGUUUAUUCAAUUAAUGUAACAAGUAAAUUUUCUCUAAAGACUGAAGAGAGUAUAUACAUACCUCAAUUUCUUGGAGAUAAUUUAUUCGUAUGACAAGUAAAACAAAUAUCUUCUGUUUA